CUUCAUCCACCCCUGAGCUAACGGAGCGAGCGAAAUGCACUCGAUAAUAUUUGGUUUCUAUAACCAGUGGCAUUGCUCGUGUUUAUGUGAUCUUUGAAGACAUUUGGAACUUUAGAACAUCGUUUCGAAGAAAGAGCGUUCGUUGUUUGUCCACAGCUGUGAGGGAUAUCGCAGCCAAGAUGCGAUGUUGGGUUCUGGUGUGUGCGCUCCUCAGGAUCUCCGCAGCGCAGGAAGAACAAUGGUGUUCUUACGUUGAUUCAGUAAACUCGCCAUAUGUCCAACGUUAUGAGUGUCCUGGUACGGGAAACAACAUUUACAUAUGGGAGAACUGCACAGUCGGUGACGUACUAUUCACUGUUAACAGUUCUGAUAUCUUGAAGAGCGACGAUGCAGAUGACUGCGGAGGUUACUUAGUGUUAUCGGAGGAUAAGCUGAAAAUUACGCUCGGCCAAAAAUUAGACGCUGAAAAACAGAGAGAAAGACCUCUGACAUGUUACAUAACUGCCAACUCGGACGUCCCCACCUAUAUCAAUGAGCUCGACAUCAACGAGUUCGCUCCGCGGCCAGAAGAUAACAUCGGGGUUACUGAAGUUGAUAUGGAAGAGAACCAGGCGAACACAGUAAUCACUAAUUUCACGUAUAUCGACGAUGAUUUAGGAGAAACGGAAACUUUGAAGAUUCAAUGGAUCUCGACGGAAUUUCAAGACAAGUUUGAUAUGACUCAAGAUAAAAAUGUAUUUAUAUUGUCAACGAAAGAUGCGCUGGAUUAUGAAACACGGUCUGUGUAUAAGAUGGAAUUCAGUAUCAUUAGCACAGAUAACUACGACACAGUAAAAAGCGCCACUCACACUGUACUUCUCUUUGUACUUGACGAAGGGGACACUGCGCCUUACUGGAUACGUAUUGUACCUACAGCAAACAUACCAGAGGGGCCUGCAGACGACAGAAUCGUCUAUUACGUCUCGGCAGCUGAUCGGGACUUCGGCAUCAACAACAAAGUGAAAUACAACAUCACGAAAGGUAAUGAAGAAGGAUUUUUUUCUAUAGAUGAGAGUUCAGGUAAUGUCACAUUAGUACAGGAUAUUGAUUAUGAGAAAGAUACCAAGUUCUUCACACUGACUGUCGCUGCCCAGGAGUACUUAGAAGAUGGUCUAGUGGCACCUGAACCCAGUAGCUCCGAAACGACGACUAAUAUCUAUAUAGAUGACGUCAAUGAUGAAUGGCCCACUUUCAACCGAAAGUCUUAUGAACAAACAAUCGAUGAAGUUGUGAAGACUCCCGUUCUCAUAGACGUGGACAUGUUUGUUUGCGACGCUGACUCGGCAGGCGAUUUCAGCAAGUACACCAUCACAGCCGACAAAGUCGGUUAUUUAAAAAUUGACCCUUCAGAAAGUAGGGACAAUACCACGAUCCGACUGUGGGCACUCCCAACGUCUGAGGGUAUUUUUGACUAUGAGAAGCAGCAGAGCAGCCGAUCGUCAUACAACUGACAGCAACGGAACAUGCUGAUCCCACGCACAGAGAAACAGUGAGUCUCUCCAUCAAACUGAACGACACAAACGAUAACGUUCCCGCCUUUGAGUCCGACUAUUAUGACGUCAGCAUUCCGGAAAGCGAAGGCAAAGG